UAUUCUGACAGCCGCCAUACAGAAGACAGAAAAACUUCGACUACAAACUUUUCGGUAGAAAGCCUAAGUUCAGAAAGACCUACAAAUAAGUCAUGGAGAUGCUUGAUUACCAUGCUUCCAGAUGCAUGGUAAUGGCCGCCCUGGGAAGACCCCUUUAUCCCGGCAUGCUGUAUGACUGCCGCAGGGACUCCUUUAUUCCAGGUGUUACUUUAUGGGACAAGAAAGCAUUGCGUGAUGAUCUUGAUGUGCAUGACCAGACUAAAACAUUUGUCAAGUUUACUGCCUCUGACAGUCUUGGUGAAAAGGCCAACCUCCUAGAUAUAAGCGCUUCCCUUAAAGCCAGUUUCUUAGGUGGGUUGGUGGAGGUUGGAGGAUCAGCCAAGUACCUGCAUGAUACCAAAUCCUCAGCACGUCAGUGCAGAGUUACCAUGCAGUACAGACAGACAACAAAAUUUGAACAACUCACUAUGAAGGAGCUUGGCAAUAUCACCUAUCCACAAGUAUUUGACCAGCAAACAGCCACUCAUGUAGUUACAGCUGUACUGUAUGGAGCUCAGGCUUUCAUGGUGUUUAAUUAUAAUAGUGUAGAAAAUGAGAGCAAACAGGCUAUUGAAGGAAGCCUUCAUGCCAUGGUCAAGAAGAUCCCUACCAUUUCCAUUGAGGGGGAAGCAUCCGUAAAGAUUAAUGAAGAUGAAAAAAAACUGGCUGAGAAUAUCAGUGUCACAUUUUAUGGUGACUAUGAGCUUGAAGAAAACCCCACCACAUACACAGAGGCUCUGAGGGCAUGCAAGAGGUUGCCCACUCUGUUGAAAGAAAGAAACAAUAAAGGUGUACCGAUGACUGUGUGGCUGUAUCCUCUCAUGCUUUUGGAUAAUAAGGCUGCUAAGCUGGCGAGAGAAAUCAGUUUGAGCCUGGUGCAUCAAACAGAAAAACUGCUGGAGGAGCUUGGUGAAGUAGAGAGAAGAUGCAAUGAUUUGAACAAAAAUCAAACAACAGACAAUUUCCCAGAUGUAAAAGGCAGGUUGUUAAAAUUUCAGGACUUACACAGGUCUUAUAAGAUAACAUUCCAGAAGGCCCUGUCCAGAGUUUUGCCAGCUAUUCGGGGUGGGACACAGGAGGACAAGGCACUGGGGGACAUCCUGGACAUCCAUUACAUGUCACCCUUCACAGCUAGCAACAUGAACAAAUGGUUAGAUGAUGUUACAACUGAAAUAAAUAUACUGAGUUCCUAUACCAGUGGGCUGAAGGACCUGACAGUUGUGAAAUCAUCAGGGUCUCUCCAUUCCAUCCUCUUUGAUCCUGAUGUUGAUGUGGUGGUUUGCUUGUCAUUUACGUCUUUAAAGAAUGAAGACUCCUACCUUUUGGCUAUACAAGACUUCAUAAACUCUGAAAGGUUUGCAAAUUUGGGGCAAAAAAAUGCGAAAGCUUUCUCACUCCAAGCAACACAGCCCUGGUUCACUUCUCCUGACAUUUCUGAAUGCAUGAAGAAGAAUUUUUCUCUCUUUACAAGUUUUUCAAAGGCCAAUAAAAAUGAAAAGAAAAUCAAGUUCGUCGUUGCCUCUAUCUCUGACUCCAGCAAUCCAGGAAACUCCAUCCAACUUUAUCAGAAAGGCAAACUGACAGAUCCUAAGUUCCAGCCUGUAUCCAAACCCCCCCUACCCAUGGUGGAGACCAAUGAUGAGAAAGUCAUCCUAAAGCUUUCAAAGUCCCCAACUGGAGAGACGGUACGAUUCAGAGUUGAAUACAGGAUGACACCACCAACUGAUUCAGCAGCUGACACUGGAGAAUGGAAAGUCACAGACACUCCAGAUGCACAGACCAGUUUCACAUUGACAGGACUACAGCCAGGAGACCGAUACUGGUUCCGAUACAGAGCUGUUAGUGAUGGGGGAGUGAGUGAAGCCAGCGACUCUGUCCCCUUCUCAUUUCAUGGGAUGCUCACUAUCACAGUGGGCCAAUGGGACUUCUCCAUGCCUUCCCUGUUUAAUAAACUAAGGACUAAAAUAAUGACCAGUAUGGGCAUGUCACGAUGGUCUCUCUCUACUGUCAACUCAGAGGUUACAAAUGUUGUCAACAGUCCUAGCAUUCCUUACACUGAUACAAUUCCUGGAGGGCUGAAAACUGGAAUGGCUUUGUACUUCCAAGGGGUUGUUUUUGCAGCAGGAGAAUCCAUUAGAUUCAAUCUUAUAGCCGGGACAGAGAAAGGUAGCGAUCGCACUUUUCACAUGCGCUGUGACUUCAAUGAGUCAAUGGUCUAUAACAGCCACAGGAACGGGAGCUGGGAGAAUGAAGAAAUCACACCAGGUUGUCCCAUUUCCAAAGGAUCAGCCUUUGAUAUAUUUUUUGUGACCAAAACAGAAGGCUAUGAGGUAUAUGUAAAUGGGCAGAGGCAUUACCUGUUCAAGCACCGCAUGCCAAUGGAGAAAGUGACUACACUAAACAUUAAUGGAGAUGUCAUCAUGAACAUCACUGGUAUUGUUCCAAACUGGAACGCAUCUACUUUUGGUAAAGAACUAAACUCUGGCAUCUCACGCGCAAAGCUUUCUAACAUCCAGUCUGAUGUGCCACAUCCAGUCUGCAACCCUAGCAAACCAUAUUUGGGAUCAAUCCCUGGAGGCUUGAGACCUGGUGUGGCGUUAUUCUUCCAAGGGGUUGUUCCUUCAGAUUGUGAACGCUUUAAAAUAAAUUUGCAGACUGGGCCAAAAGACAUCGCUUUACACUUCAACCCCCGCAUGAACUCUGUGGUACUUAACAGCUGCAGGAAUGGGACAUGGGAGAAUUACAUUGAGACACCAGGAGGCCCAUUUGUCAAAGGUGGAGCCUUUGAUAUCAUCAUGGCUAUUAAAGAAGAAGGCUAUGAGGUGAUAGUGAAUGGCCUGGAAUACUGCACAUUCAAUCACCGUAUGCCAGUGGACAAAGUGACUACACUUGGCAUCUGGGGAGAUGUCUUCAUGAACAACUUUGGCUUUACCGAAGUGGAUGAUGUUAAUAUGAAAGUCAUCAUUCCUGCCAAUAUUUGAGGAUUCCAGUCUUCCUCAGAAACAACGUUUUCAAGGUCAUUGUUUUUAUACUGCGCUAAAGUAUAUCAGACUUAAAACAGUUCAUGAACAUGAUUUCUUUCUUUUUCAUCAAUUACUGUUUUCUCUUAUAGUUUUUCUCUUGAAUAUUCCUAGGAGUUUUUGUUACUUAUUACAUUUUCUAGUGUUUUGCAGUUUUAUUGUACCUCCAUUAGCAAUGAAUUGCAUUAGUCAAUAUCUAGACACCUUAGCAGCAGAAAUUACCGCAGUCUAACACAAACGAAUGUAGGUUUGUAUGGAUGAGCUGGUUUUAGAUAAAUAUUGAGUUAGAGGUCUAGCAAUUAGCUAAUUUAAUGAAAUGAGUUUACUGGUUAACAUUUUUCUUAGUUUUUUUUUUUGUUGUUGUUUUUUUUUAAAUAAAUCUGAUUAAAAACAUUACUAACAAAAAUCUGUACUGUGAGAUUCUGGCAGAAAUUAGCAAAACUUCUAACGUUAAAAAUAAACAGCUUAAAUUUCUGCUCAUCCUUCAUUUCUCACAGUAAAAAUGAGUUUGAAGUUGACUACUUCUUUGCUUAUUGGUUGUUUAUUCAAAUUUGCAGUUCCACCUUAAAUGCUGUUGCAGCUACAAUGCAGUGCCUGCAGAGAGCACUCAUUGCUCAUUUCUAAAAAUUGCAUCUACGUGCAUUUAUUUCAUGCUUAAACCAUUUUAGCAACAUUAUGAUGAUUAUAAUAAGGAAAAUAAUAAUAAAUAUACAAAUGCAUUGUCUGAACUAUAUUUUCUUGACCCAUUGUACAAAAUUCCCCGCUUCACGCAUGCGCGAGUCAAAACAGUGUAGCGCAUGCGUAAAACGUUUUCAGUUCGGCAGCUAUAUUACAAGUUAUUCAGAA